GUUAGUUACAAUUUCGCCGUCAGAGCGAGUGCACGCGCGACGUAAUAUUUUACGCGGCAAUCGUUCGUACUCAAACGUCAAACUGUGUGAUUGAUAAAGAAAAAAAAAAUACAUUCGAAAUUCAAAUUGUGUUGGUUGAAGUGUGAAACGUGCUCAAUUUGUGAUUAAAAUAUGAAUAAAGAAACGUAUACAAUGAAAUAAACUAAUUAGAAAAUGGUAACAGAGAUCGUUCAUACGAUCCUCCACUACGUGAAGACAUUUUGGUGUAAAGAAAGAUCAUGUGCCAACAAAGCAAACAUUAGAAGAAGACGUGAUGAAAUUUCAAAUAAAGAAGACGAACAGAAUGAGACUUUGGACGAUGCUCAAGCAUACAAGAUUAAAAGACAGUGCCAUAAAACAAAAUUUAAAAUACCACAUCUAGCUUCAUUCCUCCUAUUAUAUAUAUGUGUAUUUAAUGUGAUAAUUACGUGUGAUGUUGGUGUUAAUAAUGUAAAUAUGAAGAAAUUUAAACACAAUCAUGAUAAGUUUAUAAAAGAUGUAGAAUUAGAUAUCGCAAAGCGGCGUCGCAACUUAAAUGAAAAAUUACUUGAAAAGAGUGUCGUCAAAACCACAACAGCGAGUCAAGAUGUAGACGACGAAGAGAAAUCCGAGAAAUACUCUAUACCUGAUGUUCUUGAAUUGAACAAAUAUUAUAGUUAUUACAAAAAUAAAGAAAACAGUACGGAUAAAUCUGUUUUUACGAGUACGUUACAAGUGACGCGAGAUAUUUAUGAUGAUAUAAAGGCAGUGGGAAAACCACACGACCUAUCCACGAAUCCGUAUUACGUAAAACGGACAAAUUUUAAUUUAAGACCAGAAACUCACCAAUUCAACGAAAAAAUUCUGAAGCUUGGCGUUUUAUUACCUGCAGAUCCAAACCAAGUUUUCUCUUUGGCUAAGGUUUUGCCGAUUGUAGAAAUGGCUGUACCGGCUAUGACGAAGCAUGAUGGCCCUUUGCCAGGAUGGAAAAUACUCGUAGAUUAUAGGGAUACGAGAUGUUCUUCCGUCGAAGGCCCUCUUGCGGCGUUUGAAUUCUACGUCAAUGGUUCCGCGGAUGCCUUCAUUGGACCUGGGUGUGAAUACGUAAUCGCCCCUGUCGCCCGAUAUGCUGGCCUUUGGAGAAUACCUGUCCUCACAGCUGGAGCUCAGGCUGAAGCGUUCGGAUACAAGCACCCAAGUUAUAUGUCGCUGACAAGAAUGAUGGGGAGCUAUACACAGGCUGGGGUCGCCAUCCGCAAAGUUUUCGAGGAAUUUAGUUGGAGGAAGUUCGGUAUGUUAUACCAUAACAAUGACCCAUCAACUGGGAAAGGGAACAGCCCUUGCUUCAUGACCCUCAGUGCUGUAUUCACUGUCCUUCAGAAGAAAGGAACGGACAACAUCCCGAACAUACCAUUCGACGAAACGAAUGUCACGACAACAAAAAUUAAACACCUCUUGCAAAAACUUUCGCUCAGCACGAGAAUUGUGGUGGUAUGCGCGAACCCGAAUAUUGUACGCGAGAUAAUGCUGGCAGCUGAGGAUCUGAACAUGGUUUCCUCUGGAGAAUACGUCUUCUUCAACAUCGAACUGUUUUCUAACUUGGCGUCAGCUUCGUCCAAAGAACCCUGGAAAGUUGAAGGGGAUACAGACGAAAGAAAUGAGCGAGCGAGACGGGCGUAUAGUGCUGUCCUUACCGUUACAAGUCCUGCACCAGAGAAAAAAGAAUAUUUAGAAUUUUCUGAUCAGGUCAAAGAACUAGCAGAAACAAAGUACAACUAUACAUUCGGCAAAGGCGAAGUUGUAUCCACAUUCGUAGCUGCGUUCUACGAUGCUGUGCUCCUUUACGCGUUGGCGCUUAACGAUACUUUGAGACAGGCCAAUGACCCCAGGGGACAAUUGGAUGGAGCGGCGGUCAUCAGAAACAUGUGGAAUAGAACAUUUCAAGGCAUAACUGGGGAAGUAAUAAUCAACAGUAAUGGCGACCGCGUGGCGUCGUAUUCUCUUCUGGAUAUGAACCCGAAUACCAGCAAGUUUGAGGUAGUUGCGACGUACGUGGCAGCGAACUCAUCUCUUCAAUUCGUUGAGAACCGUCCCAUUCACUGGGCUGGGGGGAGGACCACCCCCCCUCCAGAUACCCCGAAGUGUGGCUUUGACGGCUCCCUUUGUCCUGACAAUUCUCUCCCGGUUUACGCCAUAUUGAGUAUCGUGCUGAGUUCUGUCGUCGUGAUCCUGGCUAUCCUAUCAGUAUUUAUAUACAGACAUUACAAACUUGAGGCUGAGAUUGCAAUGAUGACAUGGAGAGUCAGCUGGAGUGAUGUUUUACUUCCCGGUGGGCGGCUCCGGGGUAGCAUACAUUCAUUGGCUCGAAGGUACAGCUCUGGGACUGCAUAUUCCGAUGAAGCAACAUCUCUCGCUGGAGAUCGUCAAGUAUACGCCCCUUGUGGUUUUUACAAAGGCUGCAGGGUCGCUAUUAAGAAGGUUGACAAACAGAGGAUAGAUUUGACGAGACCACUUCUUUUGGAACUUAAGAAAAUGAAAGACUUGGAACAUGAUCAUCUUGCAAGAUUUUACGGAGCCUGUGUAGACCCGCCACAUUGCUGUCUCCUUACAGAAUACUGUCCAAAAGGUUCUCUACAAGAUAUUUUGGAGAACGAUACGAUCAAAUUAGAUUGGAUGUUCAAAGUUAGCUUGAUGCAUGACAUUGUAAAGGGAAUGCAUUAUCUACACAGCAGUGACAUAAGAUCCCACGGUGCCUUGACGUCGAGUAACUGCGUCGUGGAUUCUCGUUUCGUGUUGAAAAUAACCGAUUUCGGCUUGAAUGCUCUGAGGACAUCGGAGAAAGACAAUCGAGCUCACAGCUAUUGGACUCGUCGUCUUUGGACUUCACCAGAACUUCUCCGUUUAUCUGAUCCACCCCCAGAAGGAACCCAGAAAGCCGAUGUAUAUUCAUUUGGUAUUAUAAUGCACGAGAUCGUUAAUAGACAAGGAGUAUUUUGGCUUGGACCAGGGAUUGAUUUGUCCCCCAAAGAGAUAGUAGAUGCGAUCAUAGGUAGCGGUCUUCGUCCAAACACAACGUAUACCAGAUCCUGUGAAGCCGACGAUGCUGCUGAUCUCAUGCGGCGAUGUUGGGCAGAGGAGCCCACUGAAAGACCAGAUUUUGGACACUUGAAGGGAGCUAUUCGUCGCCUCAAUAAAACUCAAGAAAGUAGUAAUAUUUUAGAUAAUUUGCUUUCUCGUAUGGAACAAUAUGCUAAUAAUUUAGAAUCAUUGGUAAGCGAACGCACACAGGACUAUUUGGAAGAGAAGAAAAAGUGCGAGGAAUUGUUGUACCAGUUACUACCAAAGUCAGUAGCCUCUCAAUUGAUCAACGGGGAGUCUGUAGUUGCUGAAACGUUUGAACAAGUAACCAUAUACUUUUCUGAUAUCGUCGGAUUCACGGCAUUAUCUGCAACAUCAACCCCUAUGCAAGUCGUUGACUUGCUCAACGAUCUGUACACGUGUUUCGAUUCUAUCGUUGAGAACUAUGACGUGUAUAAGGUGGAAACGAUAGGUGAUGCGUAUAUGGUAGUUUCUGGUCUACCGGAACGCAAUGGCACUCGACAUGCUUGUGAAGUAGCUCGCAUGGCACUUGCGCUUUUGAACGCUGUACGGCGCUUCAAAAUCAGACACCGGCCGCUUGAUCAGCUGAAGCUUCGUAUUGGAUUGCAUUCUGGACCAUGUGUGGCUGGUGUCGUCGGUCUUAAAAUGCCUCGUUACUGCCUCUUCGGAGAUACGGUGAAUACAGCGUCAAGAAUGGAAUCUAAUGGCGAAGCACUGAAAAUUCACGUUUCGCCCACUACGAAGGCAUUGCUUGAUAGUUUUGGUACAUUCAGGUUAGAGUGUAGAGGAGAAGUCGCUAUGAAGGGUAAAGGAGUUCUAGUCACAUAUUGGUUAUUAGGAGAAAUAAUUGAUCCAAAUGCACCGAAAGAAAAGGCGCCAUUACUAAAAUUACAAAGUCAGUCAGUGGAGAGCGGGUCACUAUCACAUCUCACUCCAUUCCGACAGCGUAUGGAUCAAACAUCAAGGUCAUCGAGCAGACGAGGUUCAGGAACAUUCAUACAAAAACAAAUAGAUAUUAGUAAAUUGGAGAAAGAAGCUCAGCCUAUAUUGCAAGUUAUUAAGAUGCAAAGGCAACAUUCUGAUCCAACUGAGCCUGUAACAAAUGGAGUGGCAGAGACAGAUGAUGAUAAAACCGUUUCAAAUUCAGUAUCAUUAAAUAUAAACUCGCUGAAUCAUAAUAACGUGAAUCAGACUGGACAGCCUAAAGUUAAACUGAAGGACUGUCAGCUGAACCCAAUCCGUAAUCAUAAACCGAAUAACAUAGGCAAUAAUAAUUGGAUACCUAAAUUAUCAACAGCGAGUUCCUUUGAUAAUGGAGCUAAAAAAGUAAAUGAAUGCCUCAAAGACUAUAGUAGUGUACCUUUAUUAUCUAAAGCGGAAAAACCAAAUGAUUCAAUUGUAUAAGCGCUUAUUGGUAGCAAAAACAGUACUUAAUUCCUGUCUUAUUAUUAACGUUGUUAUAAUUGUAUCGCUUCAUACGGUUUGUCUCCUUCUAACAUUUUAAAUGUUAUAAAAAAAGAAAGAGAUACCAUAUAAUUUAGUGGUACAAAUAAAAAAAUUGCUCCACGUUUAAUAAUAAGAGUAAAUGUUAACAAUAAGAUUUUUGAUUAGUAGAAUCUUCUAAAUGUUCACACGAUACUGACACGAUUUCUAUCGGAUUUGAAAUAUAAUUAAAACAAACAAUUUAGUUUGUUAAAUAUUUUACUGCUUUGAAAUAUUUAAUUUCAUGUUUUAUUUCAGUUUAUUCAGUUGAGUUAUAUAUAAAUAUAGAUUACAUAGCGGUUAUAUUUGUUUGUGGCUCACCUGUCCUAUGUGGAAUUGCGAAAAGUUUUUUAAUGCUGAAAUCACUUCAAUCCAUAUAUUCGACUUCCAUUAAAAUAUAAACAGCUGUAUUUUUCACUUUUACAUCCACCGUUAAGCUUAUCUUAGAAUUAUAAGCUACUGAAUAAGGCGUUUUAUAAUCUUUUAUAUUGCAUUUUCUUUCACGACCGACCUAAAUGUUGUUUCUUUAAUAUUGAAUUUAUUUUUAAUAUUUAUUAUAAAAUAAUAAUGAGAAUUUGUAAAUAAUACUUGUUUUUAUUUAUUGUAGAUACUAUGGCGUUAAUUGUAAUUUCAUUGUGAUCUAGUAGGUGGUGUAAUUGUGGUAUAUGAUAAUGUAAACAGAUGAAAAUCAAUGUUUUAAAAUAUAAUAGCAAAUAAAUGAGUGAGAAUCGUA